GUUAGAUUUGCGCAUGACCAACGAACACAAACCAGGAAGUGAUUCCUUCGUGUGUUGACAACUUCUCGUCAACGCAGUAUAACUGCUGACCGCUACAUUCGUGAAUAUAUAUGGGAAGUCGCGUUCCCGCCUUGAAUGGCCUUCCAGUUGUUUGACAUGAAGCCCGUGAAUCCAGACCACUGCUCCAUAUUUGAGAUUUGCUUCCAAGAUGAGGCGUUUACAGGACUGACAGAAGUAAACCCUGCCCUAAAACAGAGUGUUAAUGAAGAGCCAGCCACAGAAAAAUUUGAGGAUAAAGGGUCCAAAGAUGUCAUAGAGGUGUCGGACAAAAUGGUCUGCUCAGCUUGCAGAUGCUCCUUCAUAAACCGUGAAGAACAGAUGGAACACUACAAGCUCGACUGGCAUCGGUUCAACUUGAGGCUAAAGAUUGCGGGAAAGCCGCCAGUUACGGCCGAGGAGUUUGAGGGGAAGACUGGGGCCGGGGAUUUGUCAAGUAUCUCAGGUUCAGAGUCUGACUCGGAGGUGGAAGAAUCUGAUGAGGAUGAGAGCAGAUCGAGCUGGAACGCCACCGCUGGCGGGGAGGAUGACGUGAGCUUAUUGACUGGAAGGCUCUCCAGCAAAGUGGUGUUCCAGAAUUCAGUGGGACAGUACCUGUCAGUCUACCGCUGCAUUCUACACGGAAAAAUGGAUGAAGAGCAAGAUUUGGAAUCCUGUUUGAAGUCCGUCACCAAGAGGACAUUGUGGAUCAUCCUCAUGACAGGUGGAGGCCAUUUUGCUGGCGCUGUAUUCCAAGGGAAAGAAGUCCUUCAGCACAAGACCUUCCACCGAUACACAGUGCGCGCGAAGAGAGGCACGGCUCAAGGGCUCAAGGAUUCUCAAAACCGGAGUCACGCGCCAAGGUCUGCGGGAGCCGCUCUGAGGCGCUACAACGAGGCAGCGCUAGUCAAGGACAUUCAGGAUCUCUUAGAGAGCUGGGGACAGUACUUAGAAGAAGCAUCUGCCAUAUUCGUACGAGCUCCAAGCUACAAUAAGACAAUCUUCUAUGGUGGCCGCACAGGCCCGUUGGCCAAAAAGGACUCCAGGCUUCGCAGCAUUCCAUUCGCCACACGCAGGGCAACCUUUCGAGAAGUACAGCGGGUACAUAAUAUGCUUUCCACAGUUCAGCUUUAUGGGAAGGACACUGACAUGUCCACUUUCAGCAGUGUACCAAAGAAGGCCUGGAAAAACACAGCCCAACCUGAAGUACCACGGAGGACUGAACAAAAGGAAGAAGCUAUCCAGAGCAGCUCAGAUGAGGAGCAAGAAGAUGAGAUUGAGCUUGAGAUGGUGGAGAUGACCAUUGGAACACGGGACCUAAAGGAGUUUGACAUCCAACCCUCUCGACAUAAUCGAAGGAGGAGAAGAAGAAGGAAAGAGGCGGAGGAAAACAAACGUGAAGAAGAGGAUGUGGGAGAUCUUCGUAACCCCGAAGUGGAUGAUGAAACACCUCAGCAGACCCAACCGAAAAACAAGAAUAGGAGGAAAAAACAAGCUGAGGAAGCAGCGGAUGACUCAUGGGAGUACAGUCUGAGGGACGCCCUCUUCACAGCCUGCAAGGUCGGGGAUGCUGACGCCUUGUGUCGUCUCCUCAAUCUUUCCGGAGAGCCUCGGGAGCUGUCAGAGGGCAAGGCUGCGGACAGCGCGAGCCCUUUGACCCUUCUUAAUAAGCGCGUUGACUCUUCGGGGUUCACUCUGCUGCAUGUCGCAUCAGCUGCUGCUCAGAAAGCUGUAAUCAGGCUGCUGCUGGAUGCUGGAGCGGACCCAGCGUGCAGUGAUAACAAAGGCCAGACCCCAUAUAACGUCAGCCCCGACAAGGACACGAGGAACGUGUUUCGCAAAUACAUGGGUGACAAUCCUGACAAAUAUGACUACAGCAAGGCUCGGAUACCGGGGCCACUAACAGCCGAGAUCGAAUCGAUGAAGACGGAGAAGAAGAAGGCUCAGAAGGCGCUGAAAAAGCAACGCGAAAAGACGCAGAAGGAGGAGAAGAGGAAGCAAGAAAAGGAACUGCAGGAAAAGAAAAAGUUUGCAUCUUUAUCAGAUAGAGAAAAGAGAGCUUUGGCAGCUGAGAAGAGGUUUGCAGAGCAAGUAGCUGCAACUGGGCCCAGCCUCUCCAAUAUCAAGAGAUGCUGGCAGUGUGGAGAGUCUCUCCUGGGCAAAAUCCCAUUCCACUACUCGGAUUUUUCUUUCUGCACCCCUCGCUGCGUACAAGCGCAUCGCAAAGCUAAUGCUCUCCCAGGGAAAAGCUAACGAAACUUUAAAAGGGAGUGAGCGCUCGUAUGGCUAUGUCCAUUUGAGGUUUGUAAAAUAUGUAAAGUUUGAUCGCAGAUCUGUGUUGAUCACAGAACGUGCGAAUUUAAACAGCAUCUGUAUUGUGAAAAUACAUGAAUACGCGAUGAAAAAUUAUUUUACCCCUUAUGGAGUAAAACUAAAUUGUCAUUGCAUCAAUGUUAGAUUCUCAAGUGCGAAACUGAAACCCUUGCUGAAAAGGGGGAAAAUUAUGAGUUCAAAUCGUCAUACUCAUGCUGUUAAAGUUAACAGCAUGAAUUCCCCCCCACCCCCCAGCCAAAAAAAAGCAACUUGUCAAAAAUACAGUCUCGAGUUUUUCACUGGUUGUUUAAAAUACAACUUGGUGUAUUUUCCGCACUGUGAGGCACACCUUCACUGGACGGCCCAUUUUAAAACUUUUCACAUAUAAGGCGCACCGCUUUAUAAGGCGCAUAGAAUGGACGGUACAGUAGAGGUUGGGGUUACGUUAUGCAUCCGUUAGAUGGAGCUGCGCUAAAGGGAAUGUCAACAAAAGAGUCAGAUAGGUCAGUCAAACAUUAAUAGAUUACAAACCCGCGUUCUGACAACUCCGUUCACUCACAACAUAAAUAAACAGCUGUUCACCGAGGUAAAGCCAGUGAUGUAAUAUUGUAGUAGUAGUAGUAGUAGUAGUAUAGGAGCCAUUCGGGGGUCCUUACACAAACACACAUGGAAAUGAAAUGGCACACUUCGCGCAGUCAUAUAUCCCAGCACGCCCCGCGCGCUGCUACUUCUACAAGGGAAAAUGGAGUUGGCGGCUGCUUACCGUAGUCGCGAGACUUGUUGCGGCUCAAGAUUGAUCCACAUAUCAAGCGCACUGGAUUAUAAGGCACACUACUGGUCUAUUUUUGGGAAAAUUAAAGGCUCUUAGGUGCGCCUUUUAUCGUGGAAAAUCCUGUCAUUCAUGUGAGACUGAAAUAAACUAAAUUCUUCCUAAUAUCA